AUGCAAUUAAAUAGGAAUGCACCUACGUCAAAGAUAGUGAUUGAAAAUGAAAAAGACGCGCCAGUCACUGUUUCUUUUGCAGAUGAAAAUAAACAAGUCGUCAAUGUUGAUAAGAAAAUAGACAUUAAAAAAGUAACAAAUCCUGAUACAGAAAUACGUCAUAAUGAGGUCAUCGUUUCUGAAACAUUCCAUAUUGAAGAUUCGAAACCUAAAAUAAUUGAUGAUUCUGAACUAAUUCCAGCAGAUCUCAGCGCCUUUAGGUCGAAAUACCAGAUAGAAGAUUUGAUCUUUUUGGGGGAAAAUAUAGACGAAAGUUCAGGACAGAAAGAGUGA